CCCUUCUCUGUCCGGCCAGUGAACGGUGGGUGGUCGACGUGGACCGAGUGGUCUGUCUGCAGCGCCAGCUGUGGGCGCGGCUGGCAGAAACGGAGCCGCAGCUGCACCAACCCGGCGCCUCUCAACGGGGGUGCCUUCUGUGAGGGGCAGAAUGUCCAGAAAACAGCCUGCGCCACCCUGUGCCCAGUGGACGGAAGCUGGAGCCCUUGGAGCAAGUGGUCGGCCUGUGGGCUCGACUGCACCCACUGGCGGAGCCGUGAAUGCUCUGACCCAGCGCCCCGCAACGGUGGCGAGGAGUGCCCGGGUGUGGACCUGGACACACGCAACUGCACCAGCGACCUCUGCGUGCACACCGCUUCCGGCCCCGAGGGCGUGGCCCUCUACGUGGGCCUCGUCGCCGUGGCCGUGUGCCUGGUCCUGCUGCUGCUCGUCCUGGUCCUCGUGUACUGCCGGAAGAAAGAGGGGCUGGACUCGGACGUGGCGGACUCCUCCAUCCUCACCUCGGGCUUCCAGCCCGUCAGCAUCAAGCCCAGCAAAGCGGACAACCCCCACCUGCUCACCAUCCAGCCGGACCUCAGCACCACCACCACCACCUACCAGGGCGGCCUGUGUCCCCGGCAGGACGGGCCCAGCCCCAAGUUCCAGCUCGCCAACGGGCACCUGCUCAGCCCGCUGGGCGGGGGCCGCCACACGCUGCGCCACAGCUCGCCCACCUCGGAGGCCGAGGACUUCGUGUCCCGCCUCUCCACCCAGAGCUACUUCCGCUCCCUGCCCCGCGGCACCAGCAACAUGGCCUACGGGACCUUCAACUUCCUCGGGGGCCGCCUGAUGAUCCCCAACACAGGAAUCAGCCUCCUCAUCCCCCCGGACGCCAUACCCCGAGGGAAGAUCUAUGAGGUCUACCUCACGCUGCACAAGCCCGAGGACGUGAGGUUGCCCCUAGCCGGCGGCCAGACCUUGCUGAGUCCCAUCGUUAGCUGCGGGCCCCCCGGCGUCCUGCUCACACGGCCCGUCAUCCUGGCCAUGGACCACUGCGGGGAGCCUGGCCCCGACAGCUGGAGCCUGCGCCUCAAAAAGCAGUCGUGUGAGGGCAGCUGGGAGGACGUGCUGCGCCUGGGCGAGGAGGCGCCCGCCCACCUCUACUACUGCCAGCUGGAAGCCGGCGCCUGCUACGUCUUCACCGAGCAGCUGGGUCGCUUCGCCCUAGUGGGCGAGGCCCUCAGUGUGGCCGCUGCCAAGCGCCUCAAGCUGCUCCUGUUCGCCCCGGUGGCCUGCACCUCCCUGGAGUACCACAUCCGGGUCUACUGCCUGCAUGACACCCAUGAGGCGCUCAAGGAGGUGGUGCAACUGGAGAAGCAGCUGGGCGGCCAGCUCAUCCAGGAGCCACGCGUGCUGCACUUCAAGGACAGCUACCACAACCUGCGCCUGUCCAUCCACGACGUGCCCAGCUCCCUGUGGAAGAGCAAGCUCCUCGUCAGCUACCAGGAGAUCCCGUUCUACCACGUCUGGAACGGCACGCAGCAGUACCUGCACUGCAGCUUCACCCUGGAGCGCGCCAGCCCCAGCACCAGCGACCUGGCCUGCAAGGUGUGGGUGUGGCAAGUCGAGGGCGACGGGCAGAGCUUCAACAUCAACCUCAACAUCACCAAGGACACGAGGUUUGCGGAGCUGCUGGCUCUGGAGAGUGAAGGGGGGGUCCCAGCCCUGGUGGGCCCCAGUGCCUUCAAGAUCCCCUUCCUCAUUCGGCAGAAGAUUAUUUCCAGCCUGGACCCGCCCUGCAGCCGGGGCGCCGACUGGCGGACUCUGGCCCAGAAACUCCACCUGGACAGCCAUCUCAGCUUCUUCGCCUCCAAGCCCAGCCCCACGGCCAUGAUCCUGAACCUGUGGGAGGCACGGCACUUCCCCAACGGCAACCUCGGCCAGCUGGCAGCCGCAGUGGCCGGCCUGGGCCAGCCAGACGCUGGCCUCUUCACGGUGUCGGAGGCCGAGUGCUGAGGCCGGCCGGGCCCGAACGCCUACACUCUCACCAGCUUUGGCGCCCGCCAGGGACCCGCAGAGGCCAGACGGGGCCUUCCCCGACAUCGGGGGGAGCAGCGGGGACAGGUCCUCACACCCGGGCUGAAGCCGUCCCUCCACACUGGCCCUUCAGCCCCUGCCCAAACCCCAUCCCUCCAUGGCCAGCCUGGCCCAGCGGGCACCGCCACCUGCUCACACUCGGCCCGACCCGGGGCCCAGGGCAGACGGCGCCCAGAGCCACCCGUGUGUGUGUAUGAGCGUGUGAUGCUACCUCGCCUCCCGCCCCUCACCGGGCCCGCAUGCACACGGCAUCACGCACACACCGGGCUCAGGACACGGCCCCCGGGGCUCCCGCCUGAGUGGACCUUAUGCAAACAUUUCUGUGCCUGCCGGGCAGGGGCGCGUCUGAGGGCCCGGCUCCGAGCCCGCGGGACCGAGGGCCACGGCCAGACAGGGGCGGCCCACGGAUUCAGGCGCACGACCAGCCCACGGGCACAUGCCGCGCACGCCCGUGU